AUGACGACGCAAAUCCAAGAAGAAUUCAGUAUUGCAUCGGAACGAUGGCAAGUGUUAGAGAAAGAACGGUUGGAAAUUCGACGACAACGAGAAUUAAUUGAACAUCGAAUCGAUUUGAGAUUUCAUUCCGAAACAGGCCUCGAACAUCACAAAUCGGACUACAUGAAACGCUUGCUCAAAAAAGUCGAGGACAAUUAUGAAAAAAGUAAACUACGGAAUAGACAAUUGGUAGCAAAAGCAGAUCAAGUGCUCAACGACGCCAACAUGGCACAAUCUACACAUCUCGUGAGCUCUAAAGUCAAGUUGGAGGUAGCAAAGAAACAAUUUUUACAAAAUUUUCAAUUAAGGCUUCAUGAAUUUGAAGCUCUUUCAAGACAAGAAAAGUUACGACAAAUUCGAAAAGCAGAAGAGGAAAUUGAAUUACAGAAACAAAAAUCACGAACCUCCCAACUUGAAUGGGAGAGAGAAAAGAAAUUGAAUAACGAUCUUCAAGAAAAGGUCAAAGAAUUAAUUAUUACUAAGGAACAAGCCAAGAAGGAGGCAAUUGAAAGAGAAGCAGAACGAAAAGCAAUUCUUAGUGGAGAAAGGAAUGUACAGCGAAUGUCGGAACAAGCUUCGUUGGAUGCUUCUAAACGAUUUAUGGAAAAGCAAGAAAAAAAGAAAAAAUCAGAAGCUACGGAUGGAAAAGAAAUUAAGAAUGUCAUUGAUGACGUCUAUGAAGGUAAAAUUGCAAACGCCAGGGAAAAAUUUGUCACGGCAGCGAUCAUUCCAAAUCGAUCGGAUGAUUUAUAUUACAAUGAUGGAUACAGUAGCAUGGAAGAAAAACAUACUGCCACAAGCUUUGCAAAAUUUAAGGAGUGGCAAAAAAAGCAAAUGAUGGAAAAGAAUAGCAAAACAAAGGACUUGGACUCGUCGAACCCAAGAACCUUGUUUGACAAGAACGAGUCGUCUCACUCAUACAACACGAACACUGAGGAGCCAGAAGAAGUUGAAGAGAUCAAGGAACGCAACGAAAGAGAAGUCACCUCAACAAUUGUAGCGAGCCCUUUAUUGAAACAACAAAAUUCUUCACCCAAAGCUGUAAAUGUUAAAAAACAAGACAUGAAAGACACCGAGUCGUCACCUCUUUCAAAACUGCAUUCAGCAAGGCCAAUAACACCUACCAAGAAGGAAAUUCAAGCUGGUCAAAGUUUUGUUCGUUUGCAAUCUCCCAAACGCAUUGCAUCCUCUCCAACACGUCCCUUCUCUGAUUUAACAAUUGAAAAGGGUACUGAAUCUCAAGAAGAAUUACCAGGAGUCCCUUCGAAACAGCAACCAUCCACACCCACUCCAACCAUUACCAUCACCCCAACUGGUUCAAUACCACCCAAGUUUCCUUCUCCAUCUCCAGAAACACAACCAAACACCCAACCUCCAUCUCAGCCAACCACUACUGCUGCUGUCAAUUCAACGGAUAAUACAAUGACAGCACCUGAAGAAGAGGUCCCUCAAAAGUCUUUAAAUCCAAAACAAAAACUCAAGAGCAUUCUUUCAGUGUUCAAGUUGACAAAGAAAAAGCAAGACGAACCACAACAACAAUCAGAAUCGUCAUCAGAAGCAGAACAAAAUGCACAAGAUAAGGAUGAUAAUAACACAGUGUGUCAGAAAUUAAAGAAAAUGAAUGUGAAAAAACUGAUUCCUCCAUUGCAACAUUAUAUGAGAGAAAUUGAAGAAACACUCAAAGAACAAAAAGAAAAGUUUAACAAAAUGUCACUGAAUUACAAGUUGGAACAUAAGGACAAUAUCGAAUCGUUGUGUUAUCUGAAUUGUCCAAAGACAAAUGUCAAACAACGCGUUCAAUCGGUAGAAAACAUCAAAUCCAAUUUAACGGUCGAACAACAGUGUUUGGCAGUUUUAGAUAUUAUUCAAUAUUCUCCAGUGUCCUUACUAUCAUUGAAAAUAUUAGAAGCAAGUGAGUCUGAGAAGUUUAAUCUGCAAGAGUUAGAGAGUGUAGCUGGAGAACAAGUCUCAGGCGUGUGGCACCUCAUCAUCCAUCAUAUCAAUACUCUAAGUAAGGUUGAACCCAAAUGGAAGGAGCCACUGUUAAAAUUAUUUUCAGAGGCGCUCUGUAAAUCCAUCGUUCCAUCCUCACAAUGCACUUCAGAGACGAAGAAUAAGACGAAAUAUAUACUCAAGAAUUUAAUGACAAAAGCUAGAAAUGAUGUUGUUGUGGAGCGAAACGUCCAAUCGGCAAGAGCCAAGAUGGAAAGCAAUCAUACCGAUAUCGUUCAAAACGAGGAUGAGGAGAAGGAGGCUUCCACAAACGCUACCCAUGUCACUCAAUCGAACAGACCUAGCUCAGCCAGUGCUACGAACAAAGUCAAGAAAACUUCUCGAUUAAUCACGAGUGUGAGUGCGUUCAAUCCAACCACGUUUGCAAAGCUAAACAAAAAUAUUCUUGGAGGAGAUGACACAACCUCAGAUUCAGAUGUGGAAAACAUUUUACGUAAUGCUCGACCUCGAUCAGUUUCUGACACUGCACACCCCGUUUCUAGGACUUCAACCCUUACAUCUGUCAAUAGUGGUGGAACCAUGAUGCUCGAAGACGAUGACGAUGUGUUAGAUUUUUAA